AUGGCGGCUGCAAGAAGGUAAUUGUAUAAAUUGUGUUAUCAUUUUUUCUCUACUUGAUUAAAUAGAAAAUGAAAUGGGCAAGACUCAUGUACUUAUCUCUACUUAAUUAGGCAAGAGUAUAAAGAUAUAUUAGAUGUGAUGGCACUAGAGAGCGAGGGUAGUUCAGACAGCGAUUCGAGCGAUGAAGACCUUGACGUGCUAUUUCUCGAAGCAGCCUUUCCUGAACCACGUUCACUGGGGCCUCGCUUGAAUAUAGAGGAUGUUAGUGAGGUUGACUGCGAGCAGAUGUUUAGGUACAUGUAGAUCGGUCUAUUUUAUGCCCAUGCACAAAUUUGCAUUACUGACAAAUUAUUAUUAAGUUUCCAUAUACAAAACAAGUCAAACAAAGGAUAUAGAUCGAAGCAGCUUCAUAAAUAAAUUUAAACAUAUUUUAAACACCUAUUGUUUAAUACUGUAUUUAUUAAUAUUUUUAAUACUGUAUUUAUUAUUAUUAUUACUUUAUUUAUUAAUAUUGUUUGGGCGGCCUAUAGUUUUGCUGAAUCUCAGGUUGAAGUUGUCAUAUACAUCUGUAUUUGUCUGUGACAUUUCAGAUUCCAAAAAAAUGAUAUGUACCGCCUCAUGGAGGCCUUAGAAAUCCCUGACAGCUAUACCAGUGACCAAGGAGUAAUUUUCUCUGGCAUGGAGUGCCUAAUGAUCCUGCUUAGGCGUCUGUCCUACCCAAAUCGGCUGUGUGACCUUGUAUCUACUUUUGGAAUAAGUGAACCAGAGCUGAGCAUGGCCUUUAAAAUGGUAACCAUAUAAAACUUGAAAACAAUUUUUGAAAAUCUAAUAGUGAAGUGGCAUAUAUUAUCUCUUGGAGUUCCAUCAAAUUUUAUUUCUUGCUUUCAGAUCAUAGAUGACCUGUAUUCACGGUUUAACCCCCUCCUAACAUCACUGUAUUUGACAUGGUUGGAACCAGAUCUAUUUGCAGAUGCAAUACACAGAAAGGGGGCUCCGCUCAACCAGGUCUGGGGGUUUAUAGAUGGAACUGUACGUCCAAUUGCAAGGCCCAUCAGGAACCAACGGAUCAUGUAUAGUGGGCACAAGAGGACACACUGUAUAAAAUUCCAGGCAUGUUAUUGUUGAAACCUUGUUGUUGUAUUAAAAUUAAAUGAAGAAAAAGUGAAGUUUAAAACUAAUUUAUAUAAGGCAUGGGUGAUGAAAAAUUUCUAAUUAUACUUUUUGUUUGCUAUAGUCUGUGAUAGCACCAAAUGGAAUUAUUGCACACCUCUUCGGCCCUAUUGAAGGACGCCGACACGAUGCUUUCAUGUUGGGGGAAAGUAAUUUGAUACCACUACUUGAAGGAAUUGUGAAGCCGAAUGGAGACCCGUAUGUGCUCUAUGGCGAUCCUGCUUAUGGAAUCUCUAAACAUAUUAUUUCUCCCUUUAGGGGUGCCCAUUUAACUGAGCCAGAAAAAAAUUUUAAUGCUCAUAUGAGUAAUGUUCGUGUAUGUGUAGAAUGGGGGUUUGGUAAGAUUACUCAGUAUUUUGCUUACCUAGAUUUUAAAAGAAAUCUUAAGGUCCUGUUGCAACCCAUUGGAAAGUAUUAUAUGGUUGGUGCUCUUCUUAUUAACUGCCACACAUGUCUAUAUGAUUCUGUCACUGGUGUCUAUUUUGGUUUGGGGCCACCUUCAUUAGAAACAUGCUUAUCUAACAAUUAG